CGUGUUAUUGGAAUGCUGUUGGGAAUACCCAUUUGCCUUGCAAGUCAGAGAAAGAGAUAACUUUUAACCUUUUGGGUUUUGAUUUACUUUGAAAAAAACGUCAUUAGUGAAUUAUUAUUAUCAUUAACAUGUGGUUUGUUUAGUCGCGCAUCUUCUUAAAAUUAACGAAAUUAAUGGAGAAAUGGUUUAUCUGCAUAUUAUACUUUUAUUUUUUGCAUUAGAAAUUGUUUAUGGUCAACUAAAUGGUGCUCCAUGCACCGUGACCUCGUCCGGACUUUCAGGUAUUUGUAAACUGUUAUCCGAAUGUCGUCAAGUUCAAGACGACAUAAUAAAAAAUCAACGUCUUCCACAAUUAUGUGGCUUUCGGGAAACGCAAUCUAUAGUUUGCUGUCCACCAACUAUAGAAAAGCGAAAGCCAGGUGAUAUUAGCAAGAUAAAAUGUAGAGAAUAUUCUUCUUAUGCGAGCAAUGAAUGUGGACAUAAAAUUGUUAAACGUAUUGUUGGUGGGACUUCGGCUGGGCGAAAGGAAUUUCCUCAUAUGGUAUUAUUAGGAUAUGAAGAGCCGCCCGAUGAGAAUAUAAGAUGGCUUUGUGGAGGUACAAUUAUUAGCGACAGGUUUAUUUUAACAUCUGCUAAUUGUUUUGCAUCAAGGAGAGGUCUUACACUUAAGUAUGUAAAAAUGGGGGUUACUGAUGUUAAUGAUACUGAGCAUAAACAAGAACUGAAACCAUUACAAAUCAUUGUACAUCCAGACUUUAAACCUCCUGCCAGAUAUAAUGACAUAGCACUUGUAAAACUUGAGAAACCAAUAGAAUUAAAUGCUUACGCAAGGCCAGCUUGCCUUUAUACAGAAAAAUCAAUUUCAGUGGAAAAAGGGCUAGCUACAGGAUGGGGUUACACGAGUUUUGCAUCAGGUACGGCAAGUGACCAGUUGCUCAAAGUAGCGCUGGUUUUAGUAAGUCACGAGUUUUGUAAUAUGACUUAUAAAAAUAUCAUCUCAAGAAAUCUAAAAAGGGGUAUUGUGGACGAUAUUCAGUUAUGUGCCGGCUCAGGUCAAGAUGGGAAAGAUACUUGUCAAGGAGACAGUGGGGGGCCGCUGCAAAUAUACCACGAAGGUGAUGAUGUUGUGUGCAUGUAUGAUAUAGUAGGAGUCACUUCUUUUGGUAGAGGUUGUGGACAGUCUCCAGGUGUGUAUACAAGGGUUUCGCAUUACAUCCAAUGGAUUGAGGAAAUUGUAUGGCCCGAAAAACACCCACAGUAACUUCUUUAAUUGCAAUAUUUAUUAAUUAUUUUGUUAAAUAAAGAACCAAAAAUUUCA